AAUACGCAUAUUUACGAACUGCUCAGUCUGUUUUUAUCUAAGCAAGCUUCCGGCAAUAGUGUCAACUGGCCAACCAAAUCGUGGAAUUCCGGGUUUGUUUUGAUUGGCCAUUUCUUUUUGUUGCUAGGAAACAAAUGAUGCGCAAGAUUGUUCAGCCAAGCUGCAUGUUGACAAUUCAGCCCUUCUGUCAGACACAAAUCAUGUCCUGUUCAGUUUUAUUGGAUAACAACGCCAAGCCAAAGUCCAUGAGCCGAGCAAAGCAGUGGACAGGAGAGGUUGAGAACCUGUAUAGAUUUCAGCAAGCUGGAUACAGAGAUGAGCUGGAGUAUAGACAAAUAAAACAAGUCGAGAUUGACCGCUGGCCAGACACUGGGUUUGUGAAGAAGCUUCAGCGUCGAGAUAACACAUUCUACUACUACAACAGAAAGCGGGAGUGUGAAGAUCGAGAGGUCCAUAAAGUGAAAGUGUACGCAUACUAACAGCUCCUCGACCCAGCACUUAUGCCAUUUUCUAUUUUUUAGUUUUGUAAAACUCUCUUUAGAAAAUGCAUUAUCAGAGUUAUCCUACUGGAUUCAUAAUAUAAGCCAUGGUACAAUUUCUGAAUAAAACUAUUGAUUUAAAGAAACAUUUGUCAUGUAAAUGAACCAUUUGUUGUUUCAUGUUUAAAGGUAAAUAAAUAGCCAAGCUUUCAUCUUAUUAAUAAUUUUUCCAAACGUAGGUUGGCACAAUUUUAAUGGUUUCUUUUUUUUUUUUUUUUCAUUUGGAAAUGACCACAAAACCAGUCUUAAGUAGCAUGAGUAUAUUUGUAGCCAAAAAUACACUGUAUGAGUCAAAAUUAUUGAUUUUUCUUCCAAAAAUUAUUAGGGUAUUAAGUAAAGAUCAUGUUUCAUGAAGUUAUUUUGUAAAUUUCCUAUCAGAACUUAAUUUUUGAUUAGUAAUAUGCAUUGCUAACAACUUAAUUUGCACAACUUUAAAGGUGAUUUUCUCAAUAUUUUGAUUUUUUUGCACCCUCAGAUUGCAGAUUUUCAAACAGUUGUAUCUCGAGCAAAAUUUUGUCCAAGCCAUACAUCAAUGAGCUAAUUUAUUAAGCUUUCACAUGUAUAAAUUUCACAUAUGACACUGUCAUAGCACAAAAAUCAAUGCAUGUACAUUGUUUGUAAUUAGGCAGAGACUACAGAUGUGUUUUUUUCUCAGUUUUGGGUUGUGAGAAAGUUAUAAAACACUGGUGAAAUAUAUAGAACAAUAAAACUAAAUAGCUUGUGAACAUCAAUAUUAAUUCAGGGACAUACGUUAAUUAUUGCUAAUUAAAAUUUUAUUUACCCUGUUA